AUGAACCGCCUCUUCGGCGCCAGAACCACUGCUCCAAAGCCCACCCUCUCCGGAGCCAUUUCCAGCAUCGACACCCGCAUAGCGUCCAUCGACACCAAGCUCAAGGCCCUCAACGGCGAGCUGUCAUCCUACCAGGAGAAGCUCUCCAAAAUGCGCGAAGGCCCCGGCAAGCAGGCCCUCAAGCAGAAGGCCCUCAAGGUCCUCCAGCGCCGCAAGGCCUACGAGGCCGAGAAGGACAAGCUCGAGGGACAGGUCUGGAACAUGGAGCAAGCCUCCAGCAUGCAGGAUAACCUGAAAAACGUCAUGACCCAGGUGGACGCCAUGAAGACGACCAACAAGGAGCUGAGGAGGCAGUACGGCAAAAUCGACAUUGACAAGAUCGAGAGGCUGCAGGACGACAUGGCUGAUCUCCUGGACGUGGGCAACGAGAUUCAGGAGAGCCUGGCCCGAAGUUACGACGUACCCGAGGAGGUGGAUGAAGCCGAGCUGGACGCGGAGCUCGAGGCCUUGGGCUUGGAGCAGGAGCUGGACAUGGACAUGGGCGGCGCCGUUCCGGGAUUCCUGCAAGAUGAAGUGGCGCCUGAAUUUGUGGACGAGCCGCAUCAGAUGGAGGAUAAGGUCAAGGAGGCUGCAGGCUGA